GACCAACCGACAGGGUAGAGUACAGCGCUGUCAGCAUGUCGUGAGUGGGGGCGGGGGUGGGAUUUAGGAUGACUUGUUCCCGAGGCAGUCGUGUUGGCAUUUUGGUUGAGGAGGGAAAUAAGCGUUUGCCACUGCUUAGCCCCGUCUCACGAUCCUAUUUCACUCCUCAUCUUUCACACUCAUCAUCUCUCUGAACAAUCUCAUCAGGACUUUACCAAAAAUCAAGCACUCACAACAUGUCUCCUCCAUCAGCACUCGAGCCCCAAACUGGCGACGAUACGAAGCCAAACACCGUUGCACCCAACGAGCCUGGAUUGAACGAGAAGGAUGCAAAGGUCAAGAUGCCAAUGUUCCCACGCCCGCCAAAGUUCGACGAUCCGUACAAGGAGCGCGCGUAUCUGAAGGGCCGGCUCGCUGCGGCAUUCCGAAUCUUUGGAAAAUAUGGGUUCGAUGAAGGAGUAGCUGGACAUAUCACCUUGCGAGACCCUGUGGACCCAACAACAUUCUGGGUUAAUCCGUUCGGCGUGGCCUUCAGCUUGAUCAAGUCCUCGGAUCUGAUCCUGGUGAACCAUGACGGCGAGGUCAUAGAUGGUGGCGAAGUUCGUCUCCUGAACUCGGCAGCAUACAUGAUUCACUCAGCCAUUCAUUCCGCUCGGGAAGAUGUGAUGUGUGCCGCGCACUCCCACUCCCUCUACGGACGCACCUUUUGCGCAUUCGGUCGCCCGCUCGACAUCACGACGCAAGACUCCUGCGCCUUCCACAACGACCAUGUCGUGUAUGACAACUUUGAAGGUGUCGUCCUUGCGCAGAAGGAAGGACAAAACAUUGCCAAAGCACUGGGUGAUAAGAAGGCGGCGUUGCUACAGAACCAUGGGCUGUUGACGGUGGGGAAGAGUAUCGAGGAAGCGGUGUUCUGGUUUAUAAGUCUGGAGAAGUGCUGCCACACGCAGCUAUUGGCAGAUGCGGCGGCGCGUGGGAGAGGAUGUGAGACAGUGAAGAUUGGCGAGGAGGAGGCGGCGUAUACACACAAAACUAUAGGGAGUCCGAUGGCGGGGUAUUUUUCAGCAAAACCAUUGUUUGACGUUGUUCACAAGGAGACGGGCGGAGACUAUCUGGAGUAGUAUGUAACUGGCAACAAAUUUAAAGGACUGUUCAAGCUCCAGUCCAAGCUCCGCGCCGAUUGCGGCCGCACGGUCAUAGAAUCAGAUGAACUUUUUCCGUUGCAAACACGUGCAUGAG